CGCUACGCCUACGACAGCGCAACCUCGGACCUCAACGACGAGCGCGCCCUCGCGAUCGAGGAACUGCUUCUGCUGGAAGAGCACGGCGAGGAGUACGAGGACAUUGUUUAUUUGGCGUCGCACCGCGUGGAGACGAUCUGCGAGGAGAAGCUAAGCCCCGGGGAGCGCAAACAGUUCAGCCAGGCAGAGGAUGAGACCUUAUUGCCCUGGAUAGAAAGUCGAGCGUGGGAACGAGCACGUACGGACACCGCCAAUCCCGACGAAUUCGCGCCCAUGAUCUACCUCCUCAAGUGGAAGCAGGGGCCCGAGGGCCGCCAGGCCAACGCGAGGAUCACCUUGCAGGGCUUCAAGCACAUCGACGUUCCCACGCAGAAGUUGGACACCGAGAGCCCGACGUGA